AUGGAUAGCAAUAAUGAAAUUAAUUUAAAAGAUAAUGAUAGUUCAACACAUAUUCAAAAGAAACUUAAAGUAGAUAAUAAUAAAAACAAUACUAUAAAUACCAGUAAUAAUAAUAAUAAUAAUAAUAAUAAUAAUAAUAAUAAUAAUAAUAAUAAUAAUAUAGAGCAACAAACAGAUAAAAAAAUUAGAAAAGAACAAAUAAAGCAACAACAAAAAGAAGCAAUAUAUGGAAAUUAUCACGGAUAUUAUAGUUAUCGUAAUGAAAAACUAAUAGAAAAGGAUCCAAGGCUAAAAUACUUAAAGAAAGAAUACUUUUAUCAAAAGAAUUGUUUAGAUAUAGGAUGUAAUAGCGGAGAUUUAGUUUUUAAAAUAUCUAAAGAUUAUCAUCCUACAAAUAUAGUCGGUGUAGAUAUUGAUAAAUAUUUGAUAAAUAGAGCAUAUAGAGAACUUUUAAUUGAAAAAAACAAAUCAUCAGCAUCCACUUUAAACAAUAAAAAAAAAGAAGAAAAAGAAAAAGGAGAAAAGGUAGAAAAAGUAGAAGAAAAAGAAAUCAACUAUCAAAUUAAAACCACAUUAAUAGAUUCAAAUAAUAUAAAAAAAAUUGAAAAAAAGAAUUUUAUACCGAUUUCAUUUAGAAUGAUAUCGGAUGGUAUUGUAUCAAAUGAAUUUCCACAUAAUAUUUCAUUUUAUUGUCACAACUUUUUAUAUUCAUCAAAAGCAAUUGAUAUACCAAAAAGUUAUGAUGUUAUUUCAGCCGAAGCUAAAUCAAAGGGUUUCGAUAGACCAUUAUACAAAUUAACAAAAUAA